CUUGUCACCGAUUUCGAUUUUUCGAUGUUUUCGAUUUUUCUAGUUUGUUCCUGGUUCCUGUUUCUUAUAUUUUUUUAAAUUUAAAAUACGUCUGUUGAUAAUGUAUCGUCGCAAUAAACUGAAUAAAUUUAGAUUUCAAUUUAAUAAUAAUGAAGAAGGAGAAAGCAGUAAUUAUACUGAACGUGUACGUGAACGGCCCCCGCUGGGUCUAAAAGGAAAACAAAUUGGUUUAUGGCAUGCCAGAAAAAAUAGGAAACGAAAAUUAGGCAUGGAAAAUGGAGAUGAAGAAAAAAGACGUAUUAUACCCAUUGCUCAGGUUUUACUUACGACUCAAGAGCAGAAGAAAAUAAAGUCUAUUCUAACAUCUACUUCUAUAGAGAAUGUAUUUGUUACUGAUGAUCAGUCGUACUCGCAUAUAGAGGAUUCCUAUUUUAAGCGAUCUUUUUUGUCUAAUAUAAAGGGUAGCAUUAUAGAAAAACUAACAAAAUCUUGUUCUCAAAUCAUAAUAGAUCAGGGCUUGGAUGAAAGACUUCUAGAUGAAUUAGCGAAUAAAUCAUACAAUAAACAGUACACAUCAUUAAAGUCUGUUAGAGAAAAACUUCCCUCUUUCUCAAUGAAACAUGAUAUAUUAAAAUUGAUAGAAGAUAAUCAAGUUGUGUUAAUUAGUGGAGAAACAGGUUGUGGCAAGACAACACAAGUUGCCCAAUUUAUAUUAGAUGACUAUAUUGAAAAAGGCAUAGGUUCAGCUUGCCAUGUAGUUUGUACUCAACCUAGAAGAAUAAGUGCCAUAGCCGUUGCUGAGAGAGUUGCCAAAGAAAGAGGUGAAGCAUUAGGCGAAAGUGUUGGUUACCAAAUAAGACUAGAACAUAAGUUACCGAGAGACAGAGGUUCAAUAUGUUUCUGUACAACUGGUGUAGUACUGAAAAAAAUGGAACAGGAUCCUUCACUGUCAAAAAUAUCACAUCUCAUUCUGGAUGAAAUACACGAGAGGGCAGUUCCAUCUGAUUUUUUGAUUACUCUUUUAAAGGACGUUAUCAAAAAGAGGAAAGAAUUGAAAGUAAUUUUGAUGAGCGCUACGUUAAAUGCUGACGCUUUCUCCGCUUACUUUGACGAUUGUCCUCAUAUCAACAUUCCAGGUCUAACAUUUCCAGUCACGGAAUACUUCUUAGAAGAUGUUUUGCAAUUGACUAAAUUCAAAUUUUUACAACCACGAAAUCAAUACAAUCGUUACGCCAAGACAACGAAACAACUGAAAAGUGAAGAAGAAUUUAAUAAUUUUGUUAAACCUUACGUUAGGAAUUUAGAGGCCGACGGAACAUACGAUAAAGACGUUCUAGAGCAAUUAAAAAAUCCCGAGAGCGAAUGGUUGAAUAUAAAAUUAAUUUUGACAUUGCUAGAAAAAAUUUGCCAAAAUAACGAAGACGACGGAUCAAUACUGGUAUUCCUACCGGGUUACUUAAAAAUCUCAGCUCUACACAAAGACAUACAAAAUUCGAAUUAUUUCGGGACCAAGCUGCAAAAAUAUAUAAUAAUUCCGUUACAUUCCCAAAUGCCGUCAGUUGAUCAGAAACAAAUUUUCGAACCAGCCCCGCCUGGUAAAAGAAAGAUAAUCAUUUCGACGAAUAUCGCGGAAACUUCGAUAACGAUUGACGAUGUUACGUACGUCAUUGAUUGCGGGAGGAUGAAACGAAGCGAUUUCGAUACGGAAACAAACACACAAACGCUAGAUGACUUGUGGGUGAGCCAAGCAAAUGCUGAUCAACGGAAAGGACGAGCAGGAAGAGUGAAACCGGGUGUUUGUUAUCAUUUAUUUUCCAGAUGUAGACAGCUGCUUUUGGAAAAGUUUGAAAGACCAGAAAUCACUCGAAUACGGCUCGACGGUACCAUUCUGCAAGCGAAAAUCUUGCAAUUAGGCAAAAUACAAGAUUUCUUUCCCAAGUUAAUGAACCCUCCUACGCAAGAAGCUUUGGAUUUGUCCGUGGACCUGCUGAAAAGAUUAAAUGCUCUUGACGACGAUGAGUAUUUAACACCGCUAGGUUACCACUUGGCUAAAUUACCAGUUGCCCCGCAAAUAGGGAAGAUGCUGUUGUUCGGCGCCAUAUUUAGCUGUCUUAAUCCUAUUCUGAACAUUGCCGUGUCGCUGGAUUUCAAAGACGCGUUUCAAAUUCCUUUGGGCAAAGAAAAACUGGCCGAUAGCAAAAGAAGGGAAUUGGGCAUCGGUACGCUUAGCGAUCACAUCGUUUUAAGUAGAGCGUUGGAAAUUUACGAGACGACAAGUAACCCUUCGAGUUUUUGCAGAGAAUACUUUUUGAGCUACUACACGCUGAAGUUGCUGGUAAAAAUGAAAGGACAGUUUAUGCAAUAUCUGCAAGAUUUGCAAUACGUUAGCGAUGUGUAUCCGAAAAACAAAACUAAUAAUUUUAAUUCGGACAAUUUGAGUCUGAUCAAGGCGAUAGUGUGCGCUGGUUUAUAUCCAAAUAUUGCCGUUGCAAAGACAAAUAAGCACGGUAGAGUUACAAAUAUAUCAUCUCCAGAUAACAAGCGCUAUGAAUUUCACUUGAAAUCGAUAUUGAGUGCGGAACAUUUUUUUCCGUCUCCGUUAUUGGUUUAUUAUUUAAAAAUUAAAUCUACCAAAGACAGCAUUUAUGACGCAACCGUGGUACCUCCUUUGAGUGUGAUUUUUUUCGGAGACAAAUAUCAGUAUCUCGAAGAUAAAGGCGAAGAAUUUAUAAACAUAAAUGAGCAUUUAAAUUUUAAAUCGAAUCGCUCAACAUCGCUUGUAAUAAAUGAUCUCAGACAAAGGAUGAAUUGGUUUUUGGAGUACAAAGUUUGCCAUCCGGGCGAAAUCGAUUGGAGUAAUUCGAAGGCUGUAGACGGUAUAAAUAUUUUGCGAUCCAUAAUGGCAUUGAUUACAAAUGAAGAUACGGGAGUGUAUACUGUUUCUGAAGAGGAUUCAGACAGUGAUUAGGAAUAAUAAUGCCUACCUAAAUUAUUGUAUGAAUGUUAUUUAUCUCUUUAUAAGGAUUUAUUUGC